AUGCGAAUUGGCGAUCUGAAACGAGCUGUCGAAGAUGUGAUUCUGAGACCUGAUCAGAAUACCCUCAACGACAUCGACAAACGGGAUACGAUCGCCGCGCUCGACCUAUGCCAGCCCGAGCCGUCACCUCCAUUAGCCGCAUGCCAGCCAUCAGCAGCAUCAAUGAAUGCGUGUUCAUGUUCGAGUGAAACGGUACCAGUGGAUGUACCACGUCCACCACCUCCACUCUGUACUAGCACAAGUCUUGACACAAUUGUGAAUCGUCCUCAGCCAUUACUCUAUCGGCACUCGGCUGGUGUGUCACGGCGACAAAGUCGUGUACUGUCAACGUUACAGUCGAAAAGGAAACGCAGUAAUUCACUGACGAACUACCAGAAAACCUUCCUGCUUUUUCUAUCGCUGCCACCCAGCUAG